UAAGAAGAAAAAAGCAGUCUGGGAGGACUGCUCAUAUAUGAAAUCGUUAGUUACAAUUUACGAAGUUACGAAAUUUAGAAACUAAGCUAAAAAAAUAGGUAAUUAAGAACAUCUACAAAAAAGUUUUCGAUCUUUGAAUAAAAUAAAACAUUGAAAAGUUAAAAAACAUUGAGAAAUCCAACCAAGAAAUUCUAUGAAUAUAGACAGAAAUGGCUAAUGAAACAGCAAAAUAUGAUAUUCAAGAUAAUCAGGUACUACUUGAAAAUGCCUGUUCCCAAAAUACGGCAUGAUUGGUAUCAGACUGAGACUCAUGUUAUUGUCACCAUUCUUGCAAAAAACACAAAGAAUGUUAAAGUCUCUUAUGACAAAACAACACUUAGUGUUUCUGCUAAAUUACCAAAUGGAAGCGAUUAUACUUUAGAAUUAGACUUGGCUCAUCAUAUUGUACCUGAUCAAUGCUCACAUAAAGCUAUGCCAUCUACAAUAGAAAUUAAAUUGAAAAAGCAAGAUGGUGUAAGAUGGACAGUUUUGGAAGGUAUCCCAGUAAAUCAAAUUGUACAACCAAUUCCACAAGAAAUAUUACAAGCAGGUCAGCCUCCAAAGUAUCCAAGUUCUAGCAAAAAAACAAAAGACUGGAAUAAAGUAGAAAAAGAAAUCGAAAAGCAAGAAGCAGAAGAAAAACCAGAAGGAGAAGAUGCUUUAAAUUCACUUUUUCAACAAAUUUAUGGUAAAGGUUCUGAUGAAGUUCGUAGGGCCAUGAACAAAUCAUUUCAAGAAUCUGGAGGCACUGUAUUGAGCACUAACUGGUCAGAAGUUGGCAAUCAAACUGUUGAAAGAAAACCACCUGAUGGUUUGGAGUGGAAAUCAUGGAACUCAUGAUCAUGUUCUUCCUAACUUGAAAGAUUUUCAAGUUAAGAACAAAUUUGAACAAAUAAUGUGAUGUAAAUGUACAAUAACAUGGUACAAAAGUGUUUAAAAUAAUGCAAAUAACUAAUUAAAUAUGAACAUUUUUAAUAUUAAUCCACUUUCUUAUAUUCUCAAAUGUUGCACAAGAGUGUUCAGACAUACUAAAAAAUUAUUAAUACUCUUCAUUUUUGCAUUAUAGUAACAAGAAACUAAUUUAUUACUAUAAUUUAAGUAAAUACA